AUUUGAAUCAUCAACCAUGUUCUGGAGAUAUCAGUUUUGAUAUAAAAAAUGAAGAGGAUUUUGAAGAUAUUUAUAAAGCUGAUGAUGUUAUGGAAGAAAUAUGGAAAACUAAAACCACUACCUUCGCCGAAAGGAAUGCUGUUAUGAUGAUGAAACAAGAAAUGAUGAUAAAACAAGAAAGGCCGGAUACUAGUAAUGUUGAUAAUUUGAAUCGACAACAAGAAGCAGCGGCAGUAAUGGAAACCACCACUGACGCCACCGUUUGUGAUAUGGAUGGACGGGAAGAGGAAAAUGGAGAAACUAUUUUGAAUCGACAACAAGAAGCAGCGGCAGUAAUGGAAACCACCACUGACGCCACCGUUUGUGAUAUGGAUGGACGGGAAGAGGAAAAUGGAGAAACUAUUUUGAAUCGACAACAAGAAGCAGCGGCAGUAAUAAAUGGGAAACCACACUGA